CCCGCUGAGGCACUUCCGGCAGGCCUCGGACUCGGACGGGUCGCCGGUUCUCUGCGGCUGGAGCUGGCUUAGGAUUGGGCGACCCUGACCCUUUGAGAGCUGUUGUUGAGGACGCGGACCCCGAAGCUGACUCAGGGAGGUCCCUCCUGCAUCCCACCACCCAAGGUGUCUCAUGGAGUCUACGUUCAGCAGCCCCGCGGAGGCGGCGCUGCAGCGGGAGGCGGGGGUCCCGGGACUGCCCACUCCUCUCACGGACCUCGAUCGAGUGUACGAGCUGGAGCGAAUCAUUGGAUUUGUCCGUGACCUGGGGUGUCAACGGGUAGCCUUGCAGUUCCCUGACCAGCUACUGGGAGAUGCUGGGGCCGUGGCUGCACGACUGGAGGAGACCACGGGGUCGAAGAUGUUCAUUCUGGGGGACACAGCCUAUGGCAGCUGCUGUGUGGAUGUGCUGGGUGCUGAGCAAGCUGGAGCUCAGGCUCUUGUACAUUUUGGCCCUGCCUGCUUAAGCCCCCCAGCCCGCCCGUUGCCAGUCGCCUUCGUCCUUGGUCAGCGUCCUGUGUUCUUGGAGCUUUGUGCUAAGGCCUUUGAGGCCCAGAACCCAGACCCCAAAGCACCUGUGGUUUUGCUGAGUGAGCCAGCCUGUGCCCAUGCCCUGGAGGCCUUGGCCACUCUCCUGCGCCCACGGUACCUGGACCUGCUAGUCUCCAGCCCAGCUUUUCCUCUGCCAGUGGGAUCCCUCAGUCCAGAGCCUAAGCCCCUGGAGCGUUUUGGGCGCCGCUUCCCCCUGGCUCCCGGGAGGUGCCUAGAAGAAUAUGGUGCCUUCUAUGUGGGGGGCUCUGAGGCCAGCCCUGACCCUGACCUUGAUCCAGACCUGAGCCGGCUGCUCUUGGGGUGGGCCCCAGGGCAGCCCUUCUUCUCCUGUUGCCCAGAUACAGGGCAUACUCAGGAUGAGGGUGUCCAGGCUGAGAAGCUAAGGGCACGAAGACGGUAUCUGAUAGAGAGGGCCAGAGAUGCCCGAGUGGUGGGGCUGCUAGCAGGCACAUUGGGUGUGGCCCAACACCGUGAGGCACUGGCACAUUUGCGGAAUCUGACCCAGGCUGCUGGCAAGCGUAGCUAUGUGUUGGCCCUGGGGCGGCCCACCCCUGCCAAGCUUGCCAACUUUCCUGAGGUGGAUGUUUUUGUGCUGUUAGCCUGUCCUCUAGGCACCCUAGCACCCCAUUCUUCUGGUAGCUUCUUCCGGCCUGUAUUGGCACCCUGUGAGCUGGAGGCUGCCUGCAACCCUGCCUGGCCACCUCCAGGCCUGGCUCCCCACCUCACAUAUUACGCAGACUUGUUGCCUGGUUCUCCCUUCCAUGUGCCCCUCCCACCACCUGAGUCAGAGCUGUGGGACACCCCAGAUGUAUCACUCAUUACUGGGGAUCUCCGACCACCACCUACCUGGAAGUCGUCAGGUGAUCCUGGGUGCUCAGCCCUGACCCCACGGCCCCAGCUGGAGCUGGUUGAGAGCAGUCCUGCAGCCUUAUUCCUUAGUUCCCGGAGUUGGCAGGGGCUGGAGCCCCGCCUGGGUCAGACUCCAGUGACAGAAGCUGUGAGUGGAAGACGAGGGAUUGCCAUCGCCUACGAGGAUGAGGGAAGCAGCUGACACCAUGUGGGGCCAGAGACACUGAUGGCCCUAUGAAUCACUGCUAGAACCUUUAGUGCUACCUGCACCAACCUCCCACCCCCCUGCCAGGAUCCUUGAAGGAGCCUGGAUGAAGGGAGGGCAGGCAGCCCCUCACUGGGGAUAGGAUCCAUCUCUGGCACAAGGCUCAGCACAUAUUGGCUUAAUUAAUGCCUGUUGUUUGGUGAACGGGGGAAGGGACUGGGGCUUCCCUGAGACCUUCUGGACCCAUUUGUCCUGGGAACAGCCCAGGACCUUUGGGCAAUCCCAGUUCAUGGUCUGUAAUUGAGGGUCUGUCCUUGUCAAACGGCUGGUGCUAGAUGCUUUACACCAGGGUUUCUCAACUGUGGCACUAUUGAUGUUUGGGGGCAGAUAAUUCCUUGUAGGGGCUGUCCUGUGUUUGGUAGGGUGCUUAGCAUCCCCAGCUUGUGCCCAUUAGACAUCAGAAUCACCCUAAUCCCACAAUUCUGACAAUAAAAAAUGUCUCCAGA